AUGGCCGCCGCGGCGCGCGUUUGCUCUCGGUCCCCCUCGGGCGGGGCGGCGGCCGCGGCGGCUGUGCCCCUCACGCCAUGUUUCGGUUUGGCGGCGGACUCGGAGGCGGCGGGGGCUGGCCCCGCCGCGGGGGCGUCGGCGGCAGCAGCCGACGUGGCCCCGACGAUGCCAGCGGUGGCGGUGAUCGGCGCGGCCAACGUCACCCCGGAGAUCGCGCAGGUCCAGGCGGUUGUGCCAUUGCCACGGUCGCCGAGCGAACAGCCCGUCACGGGCCACAGCGAGCACAGCCAGAUGUCGUGGGACAGGGAAGGGGUGCUCUAUGCACGCCCCAACAUGGGCUGUCAAGGCGUCGAAGUUCGCGGCGGGCGGGUGGAACGCGAGCGGGCGGAUGCCACGCGAUGUUUUGCUUCCGAAUGGGGUGCCCAGGAGAGCCCGAUAUGA